AUGGCGAUGGACGACGUCGCGGGCUCCUCCUCGAUGGCGGCGGCCGCCUCCGACCCCUCGCACGGCUGGCAGACGGUUUCCUACCCCAAGCGCAACCGCAAGCAGGCGCCCCGCGCCACGGCGCCCGAUCUGGAACUGCAGGCCAACGGCAAGGCCGCCGGCGUCUUCGACGCCGUCGAGAAGCGCUCCCAGGAGCGCCACCUCGCGCUGCAGCAGCAGCUCGCCUCCAGGGCGGCCGACCUCGACGACGCGCGGAUCGCCGCGGCCAUGGGCGGCGCCUACUCCGACGACGAGGACUCAGACGAGGCCGCCGCCCCUCGCCAGGAGGGGGAGGUGAAGAAGCCUAAGAAGCCCAAGGUGAAGAAGCCUAAGGUGACUGUCGCCGAGGCCGCCGCCCUGAUCGACGCCGAGAACCUCGCAGCGCACCUCGUCGAGAUCUCGGCAUCGUACGAGAAUCAACAGGACAUUCAACUCAUGAGGUUUGCUGAUUACUUUGGCCGGGCAUUUGUAGCUGUAAGCGCAUCCCAAUUUCCAUGGGCAAAGAUGUUCAAGGAAUCAACAGUGUCCAAGAUGGUUGAUAUCCCAUUGUGCCAUAUUCCUGAGGCUGUCAUCAAGACUGCGAGUGAUUGGAUCAGUCAAAGAUCUUCUGAUGCCCUGGGAGACUUUGUUUUGUGGUGUAUAGACAGCAUCAUGUCUGAAUUGUCAGGCCCAUCAGCAGGACCUAAGGGUUCAAAGAAGGUUGCCCAACUGUCUCCAAGGGCCCAGGUUGCAAUCUUUGUUGUUCUUGCCAUGGCUUUAAGAAGAAAGCCUGAUAUUCUGGUAAAUGUUAUGCCAAAGAUAAUGGGAAACAAUAAAUAUCUUGGACAGGAAAAGCUUCCCAUCAUCGUCUGGGUUAUUGCUCAGGCAUCUCAAGGUGACCUAGUGACUGGCAUGUUUUGCUGGGCUCAUUCUCUAUUUCCCACAUUAUGUGCGAAGUCAAGUGGGAAUCCCCUGGCAAGAGAUUUGGUUUUGCAGUUGCUUGAAAGAAUUUUGUCUGUCACCAAAGCUCGUUCUAUCUUAUUGAAUGGUGCUGUUAGAAGGGGGGAACGCCUAGUUCCCCCUGUUUCAUUUGACUUGUUCAUGAGAGCCACAUUUCCUGUUUCUAAUGCUCGGUUGAAGGCUACAGAAAGGUUUGAAGCAGCCUACCCAACAAUCAAGGAGUUGGCUCUUGCUGGUCCUCCUGGCUCUAAAACUGUGAAACAAGCAUCACAACAGCUUUUACCUUUGUGUGCAAAAGCAAUGCAAGAAAACAAUGCAGAGCUCACCAGGGAGGCUACUGAUGUAUUCAUUUGGUGCUUGACUCAAAAUGCAGAGUCCUACAAGCAGUGGGAAAGAAUUUAUCCUGAGAAUAUCGAAGCCAGUGUUGCUGUCCUGAGAAAAAUUGUGAUUGAUUGGAAGGAUGUGUCUCCUAAGCUCAGUUCUGAAGCUCUCAAGGCAACAGUGAAGAACUUCAAGGCUAAGAAUGAGGCAGCGCUGGAGUCAGCAACAGAUGCUGGAAAGCAGGCAUCUAUCAAAGAAGCAGACAAGCAUUGCAAGGUGAUCCUUGGAAAGCUGACUCGUGGUGCCACCUGCCUGAAGAGCAGCCUGGUGGUCAUCGGGCUCGCUGUUGCUGUUGGUUUCGUGCUAGCUCCUGACAUGGACCUCCCGUUCGAGUGGGAGAAGGUCCAGGCGAUGGUCUCAUCCCGCCUGUCCUUCUAA